CGAGGAGGGGAGCGGAUGGGGGGAAUCCAGUGUGUCGGAUGUACUCCCGUGAACCCAUCACCACAACCAAGAUUUGAAUAUACUCAUCAUCCCAAAAAGUUUUCUUGUGCACCUUUGUUGCUUCAUUGGUUUCAGCGCCGGCCUCAGCGGCUGAGGAGAGCGGGAGGAGGUUGCGGCGGCGGGAAGAUGGCUCCUUCUCCUACCAAACGCAAAGACCGCUCUGAUGAGAAGUCCAGGGAUCGUUCUAAAGAUAAAGGGGCCACCAAGGAGUCAAGCGAGAAGGAUCGUGGCAGGGAUGAAACUCGGAAGAGGCGCAGCGCUUCCAGUGGUAGCAGCAGCACCAGGUCCCAGUCCGGCUCUACCUCCAGCUCGGGCUCCAGCAGCAGCUCAAGCUCUUCUUCAGCGUCUAGCCGCUCGGGAAGCUCCAGCACAUCCCGCAGUUCCAGCUCCAGCAGCAUCUCUGGCUCGCCAAGUCCUUCUGGGCGCAGGCAUGGUAACAGGAGGUGCUCCCGCUCCAAAUCCGAACCACCCAAAAGAGAUGAAAAGGAAAGGAAAAGGCGGAGUCCUUCCCCUAAGCCCACCAAAGUCCACAUCGGGAGGCUCACCAGGAAUGUGACCAAGGACCACAUCAUGGAAAUACUCUCUACCUAUGGGAAAAUUAAAAUGAUUGACAUGCCUGUAGAAAGGAUGCACCCCCAUCUGGCUAAAGGCUAUGCAUACGUGGAGUUUGAGAACCCAGAUGAAGCCGAGAAGGCACUGGAGCACAUGGAUGGAGGACAAAUCGACGGCCAGGAGAUCACUGCCACCGCUGUGCUGGCCCCCUGGCCUCGGCCACCCCCCAGGCGAUUCAGCCCUCCAAGGAGGAUGCUGCCACCACCUCCCAGGUGGCGUCGGUCGCCCCCGCGAAUGAGAAGAAGGUCACGCUCCCCAAGGUGCAGGUCCCUCAUGCGCCGGUGGUCUCGCUCCCCUGGCCGCCGCCACCACAGGAGCCGCUCCAGCUCCAACUCCUCCCGAUAAGCAGGGCCCCCGGAGCUCUGCGCCCUGUGACUUCGAUCCCAUCCACUUCGGCUUUGUCACUUCUCUAGCCAAAUGAGAGUUGUUCGGAAAGAAAUUCCUCACUCGGGGCAGGCUUCGAAGACAGCAACUGAGACAUUUCCUC